AUGCCUAUUCGAAAACAAGAUGCUUAUCAAGCGUUAGAAUUGCUUGAACAAUAUUACAAUCGUCUUGAUGGACAACAAGAUAAACAACUGAAACUUGCCAUUGACAGAGUUAUCAAAGUUUUUAAAAGUCGCCUUUUCCAAGCACUUAUUGAUAUUCAAGAGUUUUAUGAAUCUAUUCUACUCGAUGAAAACAGUGACCCUGCAGCUAAAGCGGCUGCAACACUUCAAUUUGCUGAUGAAUGCGAAAAACAACCACUAUUUAAACGAGAUUUACGCAAUGACCCAACCACAAAUAAUGAACUAACAACGCUAGCACCAAUCGUGACCGAUAAUCCAGUAAUACGUACAUCUAAUAUUAAAGAUGACAACAGACGACAACCAACACCAACACCCUUUUCUCAAAUAAUCGGUGCAUCAGAUUUAACUAAACAUCAAAAUAAAAAUGAUUUAAAUAUAUCUAAUGGUGUACCACAAUUUAAUUAUGAUGAUCAUUGGGAAGAAAUUCAAGUCGAACUUCAACGAUUGCCAGGUAAAGGUCUGGGAUUUUCAAUAGCUGGUGGUACAGAUACGCCAUGUAUUAAUGAAUCUCCAGCCGUUGUUAUCACACGUAUUACUGAAGGCGGUAUUGCUGAUAUCGAUCAUCGAUUGAAACAGCACGAUAUCAUUUUACGUGUUAAUGAUAUUAGUUUUACUCAUAUUGAACAUCAGGUUGGAGUUGAUACACUUAAAGCAGCUGAAACACCAGUUUUUAUAGUAGUUCGUCGUUUAGCACCACGAACUAUAGAAGAAAUUGUAUUAGAAAAACCACCAAAUGUUCAUCUAGGCUUUUCCAUUGCUGGUGGAAUAAGUCAUGAACAUGUUAAAGGUGAUUAUGGUAUAUUUAUAACACAUGUUAUUGCAGGUGGUAUUGCCGAUAAGCAUGGACGAUUAAAAGUUGGUGAUCGUUUAAUGAGUGUAGUAUCUACGAAAAAUACUUAUGAUCUUGAAUUUGUCGAACAUAAACAUGCUGUUGAAUGUAUUCGACGUGCGUGUGAGGAAGGGUCCAAAAUAACGUUAGUAGUUGGUCAUCCAACAACUUAUUCAUUACAAGAAGAACUUCCAUCGGCGAAUACUUCUAUUCAAAAUCAACUAAUAUCAAAAAGUGAAACAAAAAUACAUCGAUCGACGAAUAAUCAUGAACAAGAAGAACUUUCUCUUGAACGCCGAGUACUACUUAGACGUGGUCCAAAUGGUUUUGGCUUCAAUAUUAUCAGUUCUGAAGGUGGACAAGGUACAUUUAUAUCAUUUAUUCAAACUGAGGGUGCAGCUGAUAAAUGUGGUCAAUUACGUAAAGGUGAUCGAAUAUUAGCCGUAAACAAUAUUGAUUUAAGAACAGCAAAUCAUGAACAAGUUGGAACAGUACUUAAAAACUGUGGUGAAACUGCAGAUAUGCAUGUUAUUUACAAAAAUGAAGAAUUUCUUCAAUGUCAAGCUCGCAAUGAUGACCGUCGUGUUAAAACAACAAAUGAAAUAAUUGGUGGUACAAUUAGUAAUUUGAAGACUCCGGCACGACGACAAUUUUUCGUUCAAGCCGAUUUCGAUUAUGAUCCCACCCGAGAUCCAAAUUUACCAGGGGGUCCUGGCAUAAAAUUUUCUGCAGGUGACAUUCUUCAUGUGGUCAAUGCUGUUGAUGAUUCUUGGUGGCAAGCGAAGCGCGUUACUGCCGACAAAGAAGAGGAAAUAGGAAUUAUACCAUCGAAAUCAAGAGUAGAAAAAAAAGAGCGAGCUAGGCAAAAGCGUGUGAAUUUCAAUCAAAACAGUAGUCAAAAUAAUUCAAUGGAUAAUGAAAAAAAGAAAAAGAAAAAAAUCGGUUUGUUUAAUAAAGGUGGUGAUAAAAAAGAUGCACAAUCAGGUGAAGAUACUGGAAAUGAUUCAGAUACAUUCGAACCUGUACUAUCAUACCAAUUAGUUACUCAGCAUACAAUUGAUUACCCGAGACCAGUUAUCAUAUUUGGACCUUUUAAAGAAAUUUUUAAUGAUCAACUCAUUAAUGAACAUCAAGAUCGAUUUGCUAAUUGUAUACCUCAUACAACUCGAGCAAAACGAGACAAAGAAGUUGAUGGUAGAGAAUAUCAUUUUGUAACAAAUCGUAAACAAAUGGAAGAAGAUAUUCAUAGUUAUUUAUUUAUCGAAGCUGGAGAAUAUGGAGGAAAUUUAUACGGUACAAGUAUUACUGCUGUUCGUGACGUAGCUGCGGCUUCGAAACAAUGUAUUUUGGAUGUAAGUGGUCGUGCUAUUAGACGUCUAAUUAGAGCUGGUCUUUAUCCAAUUUCCAUAUAUGUUAAGCCACGCGAUACUAAAUGGAUAUUGGAAAAUAUGGGAGACGAGGCUAACGAAGAACGAGCUAAAGAAAUCUAUGACAAAUGUAAUGCUAUUGAACAACAAUUCGGUCAUAUUUUUACAACUACUGUUGAAGGAGAAAAUUUAAGCGAUGUUUAUGAUCACAUAUGCGACGUUAUUAAUAAUGAAAACACAGUUGAUGUUGUUUGGGUGCCAUCAGAUGAAAAAUUUUAG